UACUGUUCAUACAAAUGUAGCGAAACAGACUUUACUCUCGCAUGUCCAAGAUCAACUUUAGUUCUCGAGAUUAACUCAAAUAUCUUCACAUCAUUUGGUAAUCGCAAAGUAUUCUUGUACUGUAUGACUAAACGGUCUAGAAGCAAUGUAUCAGUGACAGCCAUGACUUCGCUUUUGGUCUUGAAUAUUUUAAUGUAAUUAAUUAUCAUUCAGGAAUCAGCAUAAAUCAACAAAGUCUAAAGAUUAACAGACUGACUCAUCUGGGUGCACACGUGCGUGUACGUGUGUGUGUGUGACUUUAGAGUGGCGAGGUUUUUGAGGAUUAGCGAGUCAAAGCCAAACACAAUAGCUGGAUUACUAGCAUCAUAAGUUCACACCUCGAUCCGUUGUCAGCAUAUGGUAAAUAAAUUCCUGACAAAUCCAUUUAUUUAUUAAACGGCAGACUAUAUAUUGUCCCGCUAUCUGUCUUUCACACACCAUACCUUCCUCUGCUGAGUUAUCUGCAUCGAGUGUUUUAUAUUUACGAAAGAGUACUCACCAACCUUCAGCAUGAAGAUUGCCAUCGUCUUUUGUCUUCUACCUGCUGUGCUCGCGGUUGAUUUAACUCCUUUGAGCUUGGCCGCCAUCAUGCAAAGUUAUGAUUCUAUGGACACCAACGGCGAUGGAAUUGUGGAGCUGUCAGACCUGAAAUACUUUUUUACCAGAGAUGACGCUAAUGGGGAUGGAUAUAUUACCUUCCAAGAGUACAGUGAUGCCAGACCCCCAGAGACACCCCAAGGAAAUCUGCACAGGUUGUUCCAAUACUAUGACAAACUGGACGGCUCGGUGGACGGGAAGGUGUCUGACUCUGUUGCUCUCGUCAUUUUUAAACGCAUGGACACUAACAAUGAUGAUCAAGUCUCAUUUAAGGAAUUCUCGUCAACAAUGACUCGGAUUAACCAUGACGUUGCCAGUGACGUCAUGAAAAACAUGGCGAGCAAGUGAUGAAACUGAUGCCGCAAGCACACGAUCUGACGACAGAAUGACGUCAUUUUCUUGCUGAGUGUUGAUGUCAUGAUCAGAACCAUGUCGAAAGAAUAACGAGCAAGAAAUAAAGUUUCAACAUUUAGAAAAAAAU